ACGAAUCGCAGCCGUGAUUACUACUACGAGUACUCCACCAAAUGAUCGAGUGCUACCAGAGAUUUGGAUUUCCAUUUACAGAUUCAAACUUCAAAGGCCAGCCUGAUCGUAACGAACGAACUAGGCGGAAGCAGAUUCGCUUCCCCCCCCUCCAAUCGCCAUCUCAUAAAUCCGCCGCGCCCACCACGGCGCCACCAACUUCCUCCAUCCUAGUCCCCCCUCCCCGCACGUCGCGCACGCACGGGCGCGGGGCGGCGAGGAGGGACCGGGCCCGGAACCUUCGCUCUGCCUGCGGGCGGGCGGGCGGGCAAUGGCGCCGGGCUCGCCGCUGAAGCGCCUGGCGCGGCGGGCGGCGAGGGGCCCGCUCGAGAGGGCCGGCCUGGCGGGGCUCGCGGCCGCGGCCGUGUCCGCCGCCGCGCUGCUGCUGCUGCUGCUCUGCUCCGCCUCGCUGCGCUGCUCGGCGGCCGCGCUGGCGGCGGCGCCCCGGAGGCUCUGGGCCGGCGGGGUCUCCGUCGCGGCCGAGGCGGCGGGGAGCGAGGAGGAGGACUGCGACCUGUUCGACGGGGACUGGGUGCGGGCCGGCGCCGGCGGCGGGUACCCGCUCUACAACUCCAGGGCCUGCGCCUUCCUCGACGUCGGCUUCCGCUGCUCCGAGAACGGCCGCCCCGACGCGGCCUACGCCACGUGGCGGUGGCAGCCGGCGCGCUGCCACCUCCCCAGAUUUGAUGCCAAAAGCAUGCUCGAGAAGCUACGGAACAGAAGAGUAGUAUUUGUUGGUGAUUCAAUUGGAAGGAACCAAUGGGAGUCUCUACUUUGUAUGCUCUCUACUGCUGUUCAUAACAAGAGCUCGAUCUAUGAAGUUAAUGGGAAUCCCAUCACAAAGCACAUGGGUUUCUUGAUUUUCAACUUUAGAGACUACAAUUGCACUGUGGAAUACUACAGAUCCCCUUUUAUAGUCCUUCAAGGUCGUGCGCCAGCUGGAGCCCCUGAGAUUGUCAAGUAUACAAUUCGAGUGGAUGCCAUGGAUUGGAUGUCUGACCGGGGUAAAUGGAAGGAUGCUGAUGUAUUGAUUUUCAACACUGGCCAUUGGUGGAACGAUGAGAAAACAAUCAGGGGGGGUGCCUACUUCCGAGAAGGUGAUGAGGUGAAAAUGGAUAUGACUGUUACAGAUGCUUACCGAAGAUCAAUACAGACAUUGUCCGAUUGGCUUCACAGAGAAGUUAACACAAGCAAGACCCAUGUCAUCUACCGUACAUAUGCUCCUGUGCAUUUCAGAGGUGGUGACUGGAAGACUGGAGGGAGCUGUCACUCGGAAACUCUUCCAGAUUUGACCCCACCCGAAUGGCUGGAAGAAUGGGGUGACCUGCUUAAACCUGUGAGUGAUGUUCUAGGGAACAAUCUGAAUCCCAAGCUUUCUGGAGUAGAUGUGCUGAAUGUGACGCGGAUGACAGCUCAGCGGAAAGAUGGCCAUCUCUCAGUAUACCUAAGCCCUUCAGGACCUGUGCCCCACUACAAACAGGAUUGCAGCCACUGGUGCCUGCCAGGUGUCCCAGACACCUGGAAUGAGCUUCUCUACGCCCUCAUCAUGAAGAGGCGUAUGAAGAUGGAUCAGAAUGUUUCCCUUGCUGGCACUAUAACACUGAACACUGGCUGAUAAUGACAAUCAACUGAGUGCUCUGCUCUCUGAAGUCUGAAGAAGGGAUGUGGUAAGGUAAAUCCAGCAGCUGCUCAUGGCAAAGCAAACUUCAUAGUCAUCCUGGGCGAUGGCACACAUGCCAAUUAGCUAGGAUGCCAGACACAUUUUUGGAUAGUGGGUGUCAGUUUGUAGGAAGCUGCAGCACCCUGCCGGUGUUUUGUACAUGUCGAGGUUAGUGUAUAGCUGAGCAGAGGGUAGAAGACCGUUCAGCUUUGAAGGAAAACGGUGUGUUUCAUGCAGAUGAUAUUAGUGUUAGCGGUGGUGAACAUAGCUAGCUAGGGCGCUAAAGUGAAUGAUGUAAAUAUAUAUAUAACGGCGUCGUCGGAAUGGGCAAUGUGGUUUUAACUGAA